CACCCAACCACUGUACUCCUUUAUUUCUCUCUCUCUCUCUCUUGUCUCUUUCAUUUCUCUCUCUCUCUCUUCUCAACCAUUUCUCACUCACUCGCUUCUUCACUCCCUUCAAAAAAAUCCAUCACUUUUUUUUUUUUUUUUUUCUUUCCUUCGGUCUUCCCUUUUCUUUUGCUCUUUUUCAUCAAGAAUCUCAAAAACCCACGGAAACCUUUCACCCCUUCUUCCUUUUUCUCCUAGGGUUUUGAUUUCGGGCAAUGCUGAGCUCCAGCCUCCGUUUUUGAACUGGUUUUUUUUACUUCCAUUUUUUUGCCUUGAAAAAGAAUCUUGAAAAUGGCAUUUAAAAUGGGGAAAAACGUUCUUGUGCUGCUCUUCAGUCUUCUUCUCCUUUUUGGUGGUGUUUGCUCUGUUUCUGUGCCGUCCUCACCUGCCAGAAUUGUUAAUGGGUUUUUCUCAAAUGCAUUUUCCAUGCUGAUGAAAUGGGUUUUAUCGCUCAGGGCCACAACCAAAACUGCAAUAACAGGGCGUCCAAUGAUGAAGUUUGAAGGUGGGUAUAAUGUAGAGACUGUGUUUGAUGGCAGCAAGCUUGGGAUUGAGCCUUACUCUCUUGAAGUUCUUCCUGAUGGGGACCUUCUCAUUCUGGAUUCAGCUAACAGUAAUCUUUACAAGAUUUCCUCCUCUUUGUCCUUGUACAGCAGGCCGAGGUUGAUUUCAGGGUCUGCAGAUGGAUACUCUGGACAUGUGGAUGGGAAAUUGAGGGAAGCAAGGAUGAACCAUCCAAAGGGGCUCACAGUCGAUGAUAGAGGAAACAUAUACAUUGCUGACACAGAUAACAUGGCAAUCCGGAAGAUUAGUGAUACAGGGGUCACAACAAUUGCUGGAGGCAAACGGGGUCGCGGAGGUGGGCAUGUGGACGGACCAAGUGAAGAUGCAAAGUUUUCAAGUGAUUUUGAUGUUGUAUAUCUUGGAAGCAGCUGCUCCCUCCUUGUUAUUGAUCGUGGAAACAAGGCAAUUAGGGAGAUUCAACUCCACUUCGAUGAUUGUGCUUAUCAGUAUGGAAGUGGUUUUCCCCUCGGAAUUGCUGUGCUUAUAGCUGCUGGCUUCUUUGGCUAUAUGCUAGCUUUGCUUCAACGUCGGGUUGGCUCGAUCAUAUCUCCUCAAGAUGACCAGGAAGCAAUGAAAGAGAGCGUUUCCCCGAGCCCGUAUCAGAAGCCAUUGAAGUCAUCACUGCGGCCACCACUGAUCCCAAACGAAGAUGAGCAGGAAAAACAAGAAGAAAGCUUUCUGGGAUCUUUAGGCCGGCUGGUCGCACAAGCCGGAGAAUCUGCUGCAGAAAUUUUGGGAGGAGUGUUUCCAAUCUUCAAGAAGAAACCAUCAAACCAUCAAUACCGAAGCCAAAAUCACUAUCAGCAACAGUCCAAGUAUUCAAAUACUUGGCCGGUUCAGGACAGUUUUGUUAUACCAGACGAAGAUGAACCUCCUUCCAUCGAAACCAGGACUCCUACUCCCAAGAAAACCUACGCCUUCAUGACCAAAGACUCUGAAAAAAUGCAACAGCUUCGACAGAGUCGUGCUUUCUACUCUGGAUGGGACGGUGAACUUCAAAAGCACCAACAAACCAAGAAACACCAACACCAUCACCAGUAUCAUUCAUCGCCACCACAAACUUACUACGAGCAAAGCUCUGAGAAAACCAACGAGAUAGUGUUUGGAGCUGUGCAGGAGCAAGACAAACAGCGAGAAACUAUGGUGAUAAAGCCUCUGGACCACGGGAUUCCUCUGUACGACCAUCAAAAGCUUCGUUCUCGAGCCAGCUGCAUGCAUGGACGUUGAUCCUUUGUGAUUAAAAACAGUUCUUUAAUCUCUCAAGAUUACUUGUUGAUGAUGGCUUAAACUCAAGAAUUGUGGGGUAUAGCUAGCUGCAAAUUAUAUAGUAUUAAUACAUGUUUGGAGAGUGGAAAUCCUGUUUUUUUUCCAUUAGGACAGUGCCAUAUUCACCUUGUAGCUGUUGAAACAUAUUGUCACCAGUCCUACGAAAAUGGGCAGAAACAACUUCAAUUUUCCUCUCUCAAAUUCUCUUUCUUACUUCA